AAUGAAAGUAAUUGCCAUUUUAAUUAUUUUGAUCCUUUCAAUUAAUGGUGAGAAUAGACUCAAAGAAAAAAUAGAUGAAAACGAUGGUCUAUUAUUAUUGGAUAGAAAUAAUUAUGAUUAUGCAAUAGCAAAAUAUCCAAAAUUAAUUGUUCUUUUUACAACUUAUGGUUGCAAUUUAUGGUAUAAAAUAAUAAAUUCUAUAAUUAGUUUACAGUUGAAAUCCACAUUCAUUGAAUUAGCAAAAAGAUUAAGAGAAUAUGAAAUUUAUGUGGCUGAAGUAAUAGCAUGUGAGAAUAGAGCACUUUCAAUUAGAAUGAAUAGUACAUCAUAUCCAGCUGCUUAUAUGUAUAAUGAGGGUGAAAAAUCUGUAUUUCCUAAUGAUAAUGAUUUGGAAUUAUUAUUUGAGUAUACUUUACAACAUUCGUAUGGAUUAAUCACAUAAUUGGAUUUAUAAAAAGAUGUAAUUAAAGUGAUAUAAAAUUUAGAUUGACUUAUUUAUCAAAAGGUCUAAUAUUGCAGUUUUAUCAUAUUUUACUAUUAAUGAGAUAGCUGAUAUUGCCAUUAAAAUGCCUUAAAUUAAAUUUGGAAUAAUUAAUCAAAAGAUAAAUCCUAAAAUUCAUUAAGCAUUUAUAACCAAUAAAGCAUUAUCCAAAGAAAUAUAUUUUAAUGGAUAAUUAGAAGAAUUUUAUGACUUUAUAGAUAAAAAUGCUUAUCCUUUGGUUUUUUCUUUAACUGAGGAAGAAUUUAAAAAAGUAGAAGCUGAAGAAAUACCAAUAAUUGGUAUGGUGUUAGAUCCUAAUCAAUUUAAUGAUUAUAUACAAAGUUAUUAUGAGAUAGUUGCAUAAGAAUUCAAGGGUAAGUUAAGAUUUGUGUUGAUUAAUACAAAAAAUGAAUUGACUGUAAGAAGAUUUUAAUAUUUUGUUGGAUAAUCAUUAGAAUAUAAAAGAAUUUACUAUUAUAAUUUAUAUACAAAAUAUACAGUAAGUUUACCUUAUGAUGAAGGUUCUAUCCCUACAUUUAGAAAGAUAGUUGAAUAAAUAUAAAUAUAUUCAGAAUCAUUUUGGGAAGGAGAUGGAUAUGUUCAUGAUUUAAUUCCAUUAAACUAUUAAAUUUAGAUUAAUAAAAAUCCAAAUCAUAUUAUUUUAUUUAAUGAAAAGAAUGCUUGUGAUUUAUGUUUUGGUUUUAAUGAUAUUUUUAAUGAUUUAUCAAUUAAAUAUCAGCACAGAAAUAAUUUGGUUUUUGCUAAAUAAAAUAGAAGUUUAAAGCCAAUAAGAGAAAUAAUAGUUGAAGAGAUUCCUUCUGUUUAUAUAUAUUUGAAAUAAGAUGGAUUGGUUAAUUUAGUGAUUUAUAAAGGUGAAUUGUCAGAAGAGGCCAUUUCAUAAUAUAUAGAAGAACAUAUUCCAUUUACCAAAUUUUAGUAAGGGUCUUUUCCUUAAACAUCUGGUAAUGAAAUAGAUAAUUCAAAUUUUGAUAAAUUGAUUUUGAAUAAUGAAAAACCAGUUUUAUUCUUAUUUUAUUCUCCAAAUUGUGAACAUUCUAAAGCAGCAAAUUAAUUAUUUGAAUAAAUAAAUCCUCUUUUUGAAAAUAAAGUAAUAUUCUGUAGAACAGAUGCAACAAAGAAUUAAUUUGAAGGAUUUAAUAUGAAUUCUUAUCCUUCAAUAUUUUUUAUUACUCCAAAAGGAAGACAGAUUAUAAAAUAUGAUUCUCAGUAAAGAUCCAUAGAAAAAUUAGUAGAAUUUAUAAAUGAAUAAUUGCAUAUAAAAAAUAAUUAUGAGACUUUAAUCAAUAAUGGAAAAGUUAUAAGUGUAACAUCUGAUACAUUCUAAGAUAUUGUAAUAAAGAGUAAGUAACAUGUACUAGUUAAAUUUUAUGCUCCUUGGUGUGGACAUUGUAAAAAUAUGGCAAAAGAAUAUGAAGAAUUAGCAGUCUUAUUUAGAGGAAAUAAGGAUGUUUUAAUAGCAGAUAUGGAUUGGACUCAGCAUUAAGUUCCUACUGUAAGUAUUAGUGGAUUUCCAACAAUGAUUUUAUUUUAUAAAGAUGGAAACUCAGUUGAAUAAAUAAAAUAUAAUAAAUAAAGAUAAGCAAAAUAGAUGAAAUAGUUUAUUGAAGAAUUAAUGAAUUAACAUGAUGAAUUAUGA